CUUUUCUAGAGGUCAACUUUAUCUUCAUCUCGUCAGCUAAAUAAACUAUUUUCCCCAUACAUAAGUAACCUCACAAACUUGUAGGAAACCCAUUGAAUUAAGUUUGUUCAACAAGCUGCAAGCUUCUUAGGUUGAAGAAAAUGAGACCAUCUUCCGCAGUCUUUGCUCUAAUCUUCCUUGUAAUGUUUGCUGCUAUGGUUGAUGGGAGAAGAUGUCCGGGAACAAUGUAUUGGAAAGCUGUGAUGAAGAAUGAACCAAUGCCUGAAAUCAUUUCAGGCCUUCUCCGUGAAGAACCUGGUUCAGAUAAUUCCAAUGAUCAGAAGUGUACGAGAAGUUCAUCAGCAACUGAUCAGAAACCCGCAAGGGUUUUCGACAUCAGGCCUAAUGUCAUCAUCUAUCACAAUGGACAUGGCGAUUCGAGAAAGAGCGAAAACUUUAGCUGAUGGAUGACCUUAACACAAAUGUCGUUAUAUUGCUCAAAUAGAGUUUCUAAGAUGAGAAUAUUGCUUAUUACAUAGUAGAUGAUUGAGCAGAGAUUUUUAGCUAUUCGCCGUCUCCACUCUCCUAUAUAGUUAACGUUAUGCAUAAAUGCUAGCUAGCUAUAAUAAGGGCCAAGCGAGUAGAUAGUUUCUUCUAGAUUGAGCUGAUUCUGCAAUAUAUAUACAUCAUGAUUAUUGUUGUCGCACAAGUUUUCGUCGCAUAUUGUAUUUGGUAAUCGGCGCCCAGGAAGGAGAGAGUCGGACUACAUUAGAAUAUUGCCGGAAUCAACGUUGUAUAUUUGAAAGAUUAACUACAGAUAUCUACUAGUUUGGCAUAAGGUGUCUUUGUGUUUUUUUUUCCCUGUAGUUAUAAGGUGUCUUUUUUUGUUCUUUUAUUGUGCCGACUAGAAGAAAUAUGUUCCACAGGGGAGUCCAACGCCUGCAGAUAAUAUACCAAUCACAAAAUGUACAUAUACAAUAUGUAUCAAAGUAAAAUCAAGUAUGGAUUGUGUAUAAACCAUUGGAACUCUCAAAUGCCCUUAUUUGGACUUAGAAUAAUAGGGAUUGUAUUUCAUCAUCGUGUUAUCAGAUACA